CACAAAACAGCAGCGAUUGUUACCUGGCCCGGAGGGGAUCAGGUGCUGUGGGCGGGGCCUGCUGCAGGGGCGAGGCGAAUAGCAUGAACCCCUAUAUGAGUUUGGUGAGCAGCCUGCGCACUGCCUGGCUCACGGGGAAGACGCGCGCCGCUGAGCACCGGGUCUCCCAGCUGGAGGCGCUGCGCCGCUUCCUGGAUGACAAGAAGCAGCCCAUCCUGGAUGCCAUGGCCUCGGACAUGCGCAAGCCCCCCUUCGAGGUGGAGCUCUCCGAGAUUAUCAUGGUCAAGAACGAGGUCAACUACGCGCUCAACAACCUGUCCAGCUGGAUGAAGGACGAGGGCGUGGACAAGAGCCUGGUGACUCAGCUGGACAGAGCCUUCAUCCGGAAGGAGCCCUAUGGAGUGGUGCUGAUCAUCGGGCCCUGGAACUACCCCUUGCAGCUCAUCCUGGUGCCCCUGGUCGGGGCCAUCGCGGCCGGGAACUGUGUCAUCAUCAAACCCUCCGAGAUCAGCAGCAGCACCGAGAAGCUCCUGGCUGAGACGCUGCCCAGCUACCUGGACAAGGACUGUUUUGCUGUGGUGACCGGGGGCCCCGCGGAGAUGACAAAGCUGCUGGAAAACAAGUUUGACUACAUCUUCUUCACUGGCAGCCCCCAAGUGGGCAAGAUCGUGAUGGCAGCUGCGGCCAAGCAUCUGACACCCCUGACGCUGGAGCUGGGGGGCAAGAACCCCUGCUACGUGGCCGACGAGAGCAACCUGCAGAACGUGGCCAACCGGCUGGUCUGGGGGCGCUGCUUCAACGCGGGGCAGACCUGCAUCGCGCCCGACUACGUGCUGUGCAGCGCGGAGACGCAGGAGAAGCUGCUGCCCGCCCUGCACCACGCCAUCACCCAGUUCUUCGGCCCCGAGCCCCGGGAGUCGCCCGACUUCGCCCGCAUCAUCAGUGACAAGCAGUUUCAGCGCAUCCGGGCCCUGCUGGGCAGCGGGCGCGUGGCCAUCGGGGGGCAGACGGACGAGAGGGAGCGCUACAUUGGUGAGGGCCCCGCCACCAGGGCACAGAGAUCCAGGGGACCCAUCCAUGCCAGGGCACGGGGGCUCAGGGGACCCAUUCAUGUCAAGGUGCGGGGGCCUUGGGCAGGGCAAGGGUAG